AUGGAUUUCGUUUUCUACUACUACACUCCGUCUGCUGCGGCGGCAGCCAUCUUCACUGUCUUGUUCGGGCUGAGCAGUGUUCUGCAUUUCUACCAGCUUGUGCGAACACGGACAUGGUUCAUGAUUCCCUUCAUGAUCGGUGCAAUCUUGGAAACUAUUGGUUAUGUCGGACGUUUGCUUGCAUCAUUUGAGGCACCGGACUUCACCAAGGGCCCUUAUAUCAUGCAAAGUGCAUUGAUCCUGAUUGCGCCCGCUUUCCUCGCCGCGAGUAUCUACAUGACUCUCGGACGCAUUAUCUAUAUGCUUGAAGCAGAGAAGCUCUCCGUCAUCAGGAUAGGAUGGCUCACCAAGCUCUUCGUCACUGGCGACGUGCUUUCUUUCUUGAUGCAGGCCUCAGGUGCUGGACUUAUGGUCUCAAACUCAAAUGACCCCUCAACUGGCGAACAUAUUAUCAUCGGCGGUCUGUUCGUACAAAUCAUCUUCUUCGGCCUUUUCACUAUCACUGCUGUUGUCUUCCAAACUCGCAUCAACAAGACCCCGACCACCCGCUCGAUCGAAUUGAAGGGCCUUUGGACCCGCCAUAUGACCGCUCUCUACAUCGCCAGUAUUUUGAUUCUGAUUCGGUCUGUUAUUCGUGUGGUGGAAUACCUGGAAGGCUAUGAUGGAUAUCUGAUGAAGCACGAGGCCUUCAUCUACGUCUUUGACGCCCUCCUUAUGUUCAUCACUGUGCUUGUUCUCCAGUAUGAGCACCCCAGCGAGGUUAAUUGCUUGAUUGGCCGCGGCCACAGGUACUCGGAGAAGGUUAUUUGGAUCCGUGAGUUUGUUCCAGCCUCCGCACUCGAGAUGGGUCGGUCGGGAGAAGUUUGA